AUGGCGGAGAGGAAACUUAACUUCGAUGCACCACUUCUUUCGACAAGGAGGAUGAAGAAAGAAGCAGUCUCUGUACGCAGAAACAUUGCAAAGAAGCUUACUGAUGAUGAUCAUGACGACGACAACUCCAAGACAAGUGAAUCUAUUCCUGUUCCUGUUCUUGUCCAAGACAUGGGCUUAGAUCAGUCUCAGAGACCUGCCUCUGUUCCUUUCAAAUGUCCCUUGGAGAAAUCAAUUGAAGAAGAAGAAGAAGAAGAAAGUGAAGAUGAUGAUGUCUUCUCUGAUGCUCGUGAUACAUUGUCUUUAAAGCAUAGCAUAAGUGGAAGCAAUGUUGUUGACGCAACAAAACCUCCAAUGCCAUGUGAGGAUCAUCCCCAAUCUCGAGAUUACAUGAUGAAUCGUUUCUUACCUGCCGCCAAAUCCAUGACUGUGAGGCAACAACAACCUCAAUAUGCUGUGAAAAGACAGCCAAUCCAUGUCAUGUCUCGUCCAGUGAGGCAAAUCAGAGACAUAAUACCAGCGGAGGAGAAUCUUGCAACUCCUAAGAGGUAUGAGUCUUUCACUACUCCUCUACCAUAUUACCAUGGCACAGAUGAUGAAGAAAGCGAGGAAGAUGAUGAUGAUGACGAUGAGUAUCUUGCCAAGAGAGGCUGUGGGAUGAUGUCACCACAAGUGUGCUUUAAAAACUCACUUGGUAUGCUCAGCUCAGUGCAUGGUCUUAAAGAGAAACCAUACUCCUCAAGAACCUCAAACCAUGAUCAAGUGAAGUCAAGCAAAGUCUCUCAACUCAAAUCUCGUUUCCAAUCUGUGAAAAAGCUUGCUCUUGAUUCAAUUUACAAGCAAAAACCAAGCCUUGGGAAGAAGUUUAACUUUGGAGCUGAACAAUUUGAAUCAAACCAAAGUAGUUGUGCAAGUAUGCCAUCGUCUCCUUACAGACAAACUAGCUGUAUGUCACCGUACCGCAGUGUAGGAAACUCUUCUCCUCUUCACCCUUCAGGUUUCCUCGGAACUCGUAAGGAGGCAGAGAUUAUGAGAGCUAACAGAUUGAACAAGCAUAUCAGGAACAUCAGCAAGUCUCAGGAUCUACUCUAUCCAAAAAGCACAAGAUCAUCACAAGUAUGUUCCACAAGCUCUCUCAUGGAGAAGACAUUACAUGUUGUUAAUUCUCCCAAGACCAGCAACGGCCAGGGUAACUCAAGUUUGCCAGAAACAAUUUCAGAGGACAAACCGAAAAAGGCCAUUCUCGAGGUUCAAGAAGCUGAUGAAACUAGUCUUACUGUUAGCAGUGGAAUCAAGAAGAUGGAGGAGUUGGAAAAGAGAAACACUAGUGGAUGUGAUCUGUCUCCACUUGCUCCGCCACCACCUAAAAAGCCUUCUGAUUCUUGGCUUCUCCGUAAUCUGCCUUCACGGAGUUAUCUGUAUCAUCCCCAAAAGAAGGAUGUUGAAGAAAACUCCACAAGUGUAACCAAAUGGGAAACUAUAGUCAAGACUUCUUAUAUGCACAGAGAUCAUAUACGCUACUCUGAGGAACUGGUUGCUCAUUCACCAAAACUUAACACUUAA